CAGCUAAAUACAACAUUGGCCGGCCGGCUAUUGAUGAUGCUUGCAAAUAUGUGUGUUUCUUAAAUCUUUCUAAUGUCUGAAAUAAUUAUUUAUUGGAGAGCUGACAUAUGCAACAGUUUGAGUCUAAUAAUUAAUUUUGUCAAUUCUCUAAUGAAUCUGAUAGAAAAUGCUAUUUAUCAAUUAAAUUGGAUCUUAUGAUCUAAUUCAAGAUUUUCAAAAUGUUGUUUCUCAAUUUAUUUCUGAUGAAUUUAGUAUUCUUUAAUUCAAUUCAAGCUCAACAAUUUUAUGACAAAUCAGAUUGUUCAGAAACUACCAAAAAUCCAGGUUCAAGAUACACUUGCAAUAUUUCCUACUCAACAUGUUCUACAUUUCUUGUCUAUAGAUCCAAUUCAAAUUUCAAUACUAUCUCAAACAUUUCGCGAUUAUUCCGGAAAGAUACCGAAGAGUUGUUACGCGUAAAUGAUCUCCCGUCCCCGUCAGAGUCCCUAAAACCAGGUACAGAAAUUCUUAUUCCUGUAAUCUGUUCUUGUAAAAAUAAUUUCUUUCAGGUAAAUAAUUUUACUUACAUGGUUUACGAAAGAACUACUCUGUCAGAAAUUGCUUGUUCAGUUUUUGAAGGUUUAGUAAAAUCAAAUACACUUUUUGAAUCAAACCCAUCUCAGGAAAAUUAUAUAAAUGUUGGCUCAGAACUUGUUGUUCCGUUAAAAUGUGCUUGUCCUGAUUCUAAUAGUAAAAUUAUGUAUUUUAUUACAUACCCAUUAAUAGAAGGAGAUUCACCAAGUGUAAUAACUAAAAAAUUCGGUAUAUUUUCGGUUGAUUUAUGGCUAGCUAAUAAUCUUGAACCGAAUUUACCUACUAUUUAUCCCAACACAACAAUUUUAAUUCCAUUGAAAAAAUUUCCUGUCAUCAAUUUCAAUAAUUCGAAUUAUUAUUCUCCACCUCCUGCUCCUGAUUUUUUACCCACAAUCACAGUAAAAAACAGAAUUAAUAAUCCAAAGUUGAUUAAUCUGUAUAUUUCAGUUUCUGUUGUUGGGUUUUUCCUGAUUAGUACAACAAUAAUUGCUUGUGGAUGGUAUGCAAAAAAAGUAUUAUUUAAAAGAAAGAUUGAGAAUUUACAGUCAUUCAAUACUAGAAGCUCAGCAACUCCUGUUUUAUCCCCUGAUCUUCUUGUUGGAGUUAAAUAUUACUUGAAAAGUUACUGCCUAGAUGACCUCAAAAUCGCGACGAGAGAUUUCGACGAAGAAAACAAGAUCGGAAAUCGAGUAUACAAAGGGUUGAUUGAUGAUAACAUUGAGAUUAUGAUAAAGCAAAUGAGAUUUGAAGAAACUCGUCGAGUAAUCGACGUACAUUCGAGGAUAAAUCACAUCAACAUCGUGAGUUUGAUCGGUGUAUGUAACGGAGACGAGGAUGACUCAUAUCUCGUGUUUGAUUUACCAAGCAAUGGUAGUCUUAGAGAUUGCUUGUCUAACAAGUUAUCUAGUUCGCCCCGAUGGCAUAGACGAGUGCAAAUAGCUUUCGAUAUAGCAACCGCUCUUCACUAUCUACAUAAUUGUAUUUUUCCGUCGUAUGCACACAUGUGCGUUAAUACAAGAAAUAUUUAUUUGACUCAGAAUUGGCGGGCGAAGCUGACAAAUAUAACGAUCAAUUCCGGUGCAGAGCCGACGAACAAUGAAGGAUGGGUUGCGCCGGAGCACAUCCUUUAUGGGGCGGUUUCGGAUAAGGUAGAUAUUUUUGCAUUUGGGGUAGUUUUGCUUGAGAUUAUAUCAGGAAAAGAAGACUUUGAUGGGGCAUUAUUUAAAGAUUGUAUUAGAUUUUUAGGAGGGGGCAGUGGUAGUGAAUUAGGUGGUUGUUUUGAACAAUUGAAGAGGUUCAUUGAUCCAAAUUUGAAGGAUGAUUAUCGUCUUGCCGAGGCCUUAUGUUUAAGUGUUUUGGCUAAGGCUUGUGUGGAAGAUGAGCCUUUACAUAGACCUUCUAUGGAUGACAUAUUAAAAGUCCUUGUCAGACUUGUAUGAGUCAGGUGUAAUCGAAUCGAGACGAGUCGAAAUAUUAGCAAGCUUAAACUCGACUCGAUUUUAAAAUUUAUAGCUCGAAAUGCAAAUUGAAGUUUAUCGUUAA